AGUGGUCUUCCCGUUAAUUUCCGAGGUGGUUCGAUACAUCUUCCCGAAGCUGUUAUCAGCAACAGCACCACAAUUGAGAAGGAUGAUACAACCGCAUGAUAACACAAACAAUCAACCCCAAGGGAACAAUGACCGCCCUCGAAAUGAUCAUUUAGACCAACAGCAGCAACAGCAGCAACAAGCAUUCUUACCUAUGAAUCCUGCUGCUGCUUGUUUCUGGUCACUACUGCGUGUACCAGUUCCCCCGCUGCUGGACCCAAAACGGAUGCAGCUGACAGAACAAGAACGAGAAUGGGCCUUGGCCAUCAGGGAACACAUCCAGAGCUCUGCAGAACUUGACAAUGUCUCUGAUCUCACAUGUGCUCAGCUUGCCAUUGUGGUCCAGCAUGAUGUAGACGAGGCCAUUCGCCGUGUGUGGGUAAUGCAGGAACUCAAGGGGGAUCUGAAAAUCCAGGAUUCACUCGAAGAGGCCAGGCGCUCAUUCACCAAAAUGUUAGAGUAUUGGCCAGGUGCAAUUCUUUCAGUGUACUUCAGUGCUGAAGAUGAAACUUUUGUGGUAGUGUUUGAUAAUCCCAAAUUUCGCGGGUAUAAAACCCACGAGAAGAUGCGGACAACCUUGCUUAUUGUUCAUUACUUGUGCCGCAUGCUCAAUCCAGAUAUAGAGGCAACUCGGAAGGGGGUCAUUUUCUUUGCAGAAUGUGAGGGGUACUGCUUGCAUUCCGACAUGAUGGAUGUGAAACUGUGGCGGCAUGUAUUUGGCGACUUUUAUGGGUCCUAUCCAAUGAACUUCCAGCAAAUCAAAAUGUUUCACACACCUUCGGGCAUUAACUUGCUCGUGGCACUUGCAAGGAAAGCUCUACCCACCCACAUUACUUCCAAGAUUGCAGUGGGUUGCCAAUUUGAGGGGGGAAGACUUGACAAAUUCUACUUGACACCAACACCAGAAAUUGCUGCUAUGAAGACUUUUAACAAGAUGAUCGAAUUCUUGCAGUUGAGGUAUACCAAUGAAAAGGAAUUUAAACUUUAGCCAAUACUGGAACGGGUAGGAAUGGUUUUGCUGCGAGUUGAAUGAACAGAAAUUGAGUGGUGCCACCCAGUUAUUAAAAAGAGAACACGAAAGCAACGCUGACUUCUUGGCACAGGGACCAGAAACAAGAGCAACGCUUUUAGGAACCUGCCACAACAAUCAAUACUGAGACAAGCUCAAAGAACCCAGUCGAAAGUAAAUGACUAAAUUCGGUUUACUAGCUAAUUACGGUGCGGGUAGACUGGUACAUUGAGUUAGUGUAGAAUGGUAGACAAAGAGGGUGCUCUCCUCGUUGACGUCCUUUGACGUUUUGAUCAAAAAGAAGGCUUCGGAGCCUCUUCCAUCAGGUAGAUCAUGGUGCUUUGCCAAUGGCUAGCCAGAACGGGCAGCACAGCAAUGACUCGAUUCAACCAAAUGAACCUGUCUUGCUGGUUGAAAGUCCAGCUCUCCACAUGCAAGUUCUACAGUACACAUGCGAAGAAUCUCAGACCCAUCAAUCCAGGGCUGGUUCCAAUGCAGCCAUGGGUGGACUUCGAGAUACUUGUCGAUCCUCCUCUUUUUUGCUCGAUACAUUUUUUUUAUCCAACCGUUAGCUGCCGGUCCAAUGUCUGCUCAGCCAUCGACCGCCGGUUACACUCGACCCCAGAACCGACCUGUCUAGCUGGUUGAAAGUCUAUAGCUAGAUGGCUAAAGAGUAAUGUGGACCAGUUCCCAAUGCACGCGACUGCAGAUGAGCAACCCCAUCUUGCCUGUUUCCAAUCCAUCAGUUUCUGUCAGCACAUCUUUUGAGGAAAGCUAACGUUUAGUUUAUUAAUGAGAUCAGCUUUCGUUUCAAAAUGCCUUGUCAUUGAAUCCUUCCCAAGUUUUGAGUUGCUGAUUCCGAUGGCUGGUUCUGGGGACCUUUGUGGAAGGUUCCAUCGUUAAAACCGUUCCUCUUGAC